CGCCAUUGCAAGCACAACGAGUGCACAGAUGACGAACAACACACAACACUUCACAACAUGCGAUUUGGCUCGAUUGUUUGAACCAAAAUUAACCGAUAACUUUACCUGAAUGUGUUUCAACAAAAGUACCAACUUCAGCAGAUAAAAUGUCGGCUUUUAUUGUAAGUAUGUCGCUUGAUCAGUUACAUUUCUAAAGCGUCUCAAGUCGAGUCCUGAAGGCCACAUGAUGGAUGGGCAGUAUUUAUCUAGCUAAAAUAUUAGCUAGCUAGCUGAAACUGCUUCUUGCAUCCAACCCAGCGCCUGUAAAGCUAUUAAUUAACAAGCUAUUUAAACGCCAAUAGUAGAAACAAUAACAAAGCCGGGUCCCCGCCCCAGUUUCGAUUUUUUUUUUUACUGAGGGAUGGGUCUGGAGAAAUGUAACCACUCUCAAAUCCAUAGACAGCUAUGGACUGACCAUCAAUGAUAUCAAAAUGAUCGUUUUAACAAAUGUUUUGAGGCUAUAUAGUGAUUGUUUACAUUUACUUUGUUUACAAACAUUGGAGUAAAACAAGCUUAUAUUUUCAGUUCUGAUGGGGUACGAAGUUUAACUAAGCUCAUGAGGCAUUUCUAAGUUAUAUUCUGCAAGAAUCAAUGGGUACAUAUAAUUAAUUUAUGUCCAAAAAUAGAUGUAGCGAUUGCUGAUUGCCCCUUUAAUGUCCAAACAAAUGCCAUUAAGUAGUCUGCACUGUAGCUAGAUAGUUCUGUAAUGUUCAAAUGGCUAUGAUAAAAUUGUGUGUAAACUUGGACUUGAGGCCUGAGGGGAUAGGCUCAGUAGUUUAUUUCAUGCAUGGGUUGACCUUCAGUCUAACGCACCUAUUUACCACUAGUCGAAAGCAAAUAAUCUUCUAGCAGAAAUCAUAGACCGCUAGUGCACCUAACUGAACAUGAUUGUUGUCAUUCAGGUCAGUAUGUAACUAGUGAUAAAAUAAUAUAGCUACUAACUACAGUAAAUAUGUUGUUAAAAUGACAAUCAUAUAAGGAUUAACUUGCUGCAGCAACAGCUACAGUGGGGAAAAAAAGUAUUUAGUCAGCCACCAAUUGUGCAAGUUCUCCCACUUAAAAAGAUGAGAGAGGCCUGUAAUUUUCAUCAUAGGUACACGUCAACUAUGACAGACAAAAUGAGAAAAAAAAUUCCAGAAAAUCACAUUGUAGGAUUUUUAAUGAAUUUAUUUGCAAAUUAUGGUGGAAAAUAAGUAUUUGGUCAAUAACAAAAGUUUCUCAAUACUUUCUUAUAUACCCUUUGUUGGCAAUGACACAGGUCAAACGUUUUCUGUAAGUCUUCACAAGGUUUUCACACACUGUUGCUGGUAUUUUGGCCCAUUCCUCCAUGCAGAUCUCCUCUAGAGCAGUGAUGUUUUGGGGCUGUCGCUGGGCAACACGGACUUUCAACUCCCUCCAAAGAUUUUCUAUGGGGUUGAGAUCUGGAGACUCCAGGACCUUGAAAUGCUUCUUACGAAGCCACUCCUUCGUUGCCCGGGCGGUGUGUUUGGGAUCAUUGUCAUGCUGAAAGACCCAGCCACGUUUCAUCUUCAAUGCCCUUGCUGAUGGAAGGAGGUUUUCACUCAAAAUCUCACGAUACAUGGCCCCAUUCAUUUUUCCUUUACACGGAUCAGUCGUCCUGGUCCCUUUGCAGAAAAACAGCCCCAAAGAAUGAUGUUUUCACUCCCAUGCUUCACAGUAGGUAUGGUGUUCUUUGGAUGCAACUCAGCAUUCUUUGUCCUCCAAACACGACAAGUUGAGUUUUUGCCAAAAAGUUAUAUUUUGGUUUCAUCUGACCAUAUGACUUUCUCCCAAUCCUCUUCUGGAUGCACUCUAGCAAACUUCAGACGGGCCUGGACAUGUACUGGCUUAAGCAGGGGGACACGUCUAGCACUGCAGGAUUUGAGUCCCUGGUGGCGUAGUGUGUUACUGAUGGUAGGCUUUGUUACUUUGGUCCCAGCUCUCUGCAGGUCAUUCACUAGGUCCCCCCGUGUGGUUCUGGGAUUUUUGCUCACCGUUCUUGUGAUCAUUUUGACCCCACGGGGUGAGAUCUUGCGUGGAGCCCCAGAUCGAGGGAGAUUAUCAGUGGUCUUGUAUGUCUUCCAUUUCUUAAUAAUUGCUCCCACAGUUGAUUUCUUCAAACCAAGCUGCUUACCUAUUGCAGAUUCAGUCUUCCCAGCCUGGUGCAGGUCUACAAUUUUGUUUCUGGUGUCCUUUGACAGCUCUUUGGUCUUGGCCAUAGUGGAGUUUGGAGUGUGACUGUUUGAGGUUGUGGACAGGUGUCUUUUAUACUGAUAACAAGUUCAAACAGGUGCCAUUAAUACAGGUAACGAGUGGAGGACAGAGGAGCCUCUUAAAGAAGAAGUUACUGGUCUGUGAGAGCCAGAAAUCUUGCUUGUUUGUAGGUGACCAAAUACUUAUUUUCCACCAUAAUUUGCAAAUAAAUUCAUUAAAAAUCCUACAAUGUGAUUUUCUGGAUUUUCUUUUCUCAAUUUGUCUGUCAUAGUUGACGUGUACCUAUGAUGAAAAUGACAGGCCUCUCUCAUCUUUUUAAGUGGGAGAACGUGCACAAUUGGUGGCUGACUAAAUACUUUUUUUCCCCACUGUAUCCUCACAGUCUAGCCUGAAUUGACCUCCUUGCCGUGCUGUUUCAGGCCCACCCUUCGGUGCGGAUCAGGGGCACAGAGCACACCUACAACCCAGUGCUGUGUCAGGACGACAACUGCUCAGGCAAGGACAAGGGCACUCAUAUGCACUGUCCUCUCUGCACAGUGGUCGAGGCCUAUCAUGACCCUCUUAUCCUACGGGCUCACUACCGCAUUAAACAUGUUGACAAGGGCAUCGACUUUGCUGGUGAGAGGCUUUUCAACACAUACAUAAAAGUACACAUCAGAUGCUGGAUUCAGUGGUAGGAUGACUUUGCCAAAAGGUUUCAGUGAGAGAUCUUUCACUCAAAUCGGUUAGAAUUUUUAAGGAAAUAAUCAGGCAGGCUCUUUUAUCGAUUGCUAGAAAAUACAUGGGACCUACAACUUUACAGCAAGCUUUUUGUCUACCCUUCAGGCCUAAAAGUGCUUCGAUGCUGCAACCACUGUGAGAUCGUGGGCACCAUCAAAGGGGAGAAGAGGUUCAAGGGGGCCCACUGGCACUGCUACCGCUGCCGAAACGGCUUCAACCGCCGAGACGAGGCCAUCAAACACUAUAAGACCCACUUCCGGAACCCCCACACCACCUUCCAGAUACAGGUCACACAGGUAAUACCACCAAACUACUGUAAUAGAACAUACAUUCACCAUUGAACACUGAGUAUGAAGAGUAAAUAGACAGGGCCCGUAUUCUCCAUACAGUGAGGGAAAAAUGUUUUGGAUCCCCUGCUGAUUUUGUACGUUUGCCCACUGACAAAGAAAUGAUCAGUCUAUAAUUUUAAUGGUAGGUUUAUUUGAACAGUGAGAGACAGAAUAACAACAACAAAAUCCAGAGAAACGCAUGUCAAAAAUGUUAUAAAUUGAUUUGCAUUUUAAUGAGGUAAAUAAGUAUUUGACCCCCUCUCAAUCAGAAAGAUUUCUGGCUCCCAGGUGUCUUUUUAUACAGGUAACAAGCUGAGAUUAGGAGCACACUCUUAUAGGGAGUGCUCCUAAUCUCAUCUUGUUACCUGUAUAAAAGACACCUGUCCACAGAAGCAAUCAAUCAAUCAGAUUCCAAACUCUCCACCAUGGCCAAGACCAAAGAGCUCUCCAAGGAUGUCAGGGACAAGAUUGUAGACCUACACAAGGCUGGAAUGGGCUACAAGACCAUCGCCAAGCAUCUUGGCGAGAAGGUGACAACAGUUGGUGCGAUUAUUCGCAAAUGGAAGAAACACAAAAGAGCUGUCAAUCUCCCUUGGCCUGGGGCUCCAUGCAAGAUCUCACCUCGUGGAGUUGCAAUGAUCAUGAGAACGGUGAGGAAUCAGCCCAGAACUACACGGGAGGAUCUUGUCAAUGAUCUCAAGGCAGCUGGGACCAUAGUCACCAAGAAAACAAUUGGUAACACACUACGCCGUGAAGGACUGAAAUCCUGCAGCGCCCACAAGGUCCCCCUGCUCAAGAAAGCACAAAUACAUGCCCGUCUGAAGUUUGCCAAUGAAUAUCUGAAUGAUUCAGAGGAGAACUGGGUGAAAGUGUUGUGGUCAGAUGAGACCAAAAUGGAGCUCUUUGGCAUCAACUCAACUCGCCGUGUUUGUUUUUCAGGAUUUUUUUGUUGUUAUUCUGUCUCUCACUGUUCAAAUAAACCUACCAUUAAAAUUAUAGACUGAUCAUUUCUUUGUCAGUGGGCAAACGUACAAAAUCAGCAGGGGAUCAAAUACUUUUUUCCCUCGCUGUAUAUACAAAAAGAGUCUGAGUAGUAGUGCUGAUCUAGGAUCCAUUUUUGCCUUUUAAAUCAUAGUCAAUAAGAGUCCUGAAUUCUAAUAGUUGAUUAGUUCUCCUACUCUGAGAAUCUGUGAAUACGGACCCAGCCAGAUAUCUCACAAUCCCAUCCCUGUGCUUUCAGGAAGUGAACAGCCGACAGUAUUAUGACCAGAGUCCGGAAGCCCACCCUAAAGCCUAUGGAGGGCUGGAAGUGUGUAUGGGCUCUGAGGUGGAAGGGGGCGACAUGGGGACGAUCAUGGCCCAGCCAGUCGCCAACACGGAGACUCUGCUCACUGUGGAACCCAAGGUUUCAUAUAUGUCUCAUGAUUUGUGGUGGGUAAAUGUGGAGAGUAGGGAUGUAAGAAUUCACAGAUAUCAGUCUCCGGUUCAAAUGUUUAAGAUAUUUUUGCAUCGGUCCGCAGUACCCCAAACCGUUCCAAAUGUAGCAUGCAUCGGUCAGAAAAUAGAUUCAAAUGUUACGAAUUGCCGGUUCACAAUUUUGUUGUUGUUCAAAUGACUUUCUACCCUCCGAAAAUACCUCUAAUCUUUUGUGAGAACUGCGUCCUCUCCUUCAGUGUCGAGCUAAGCAUGUCAUUUGUAGCUCAAUUGGUAGAGCAUGGCGCUUGUAACGUCAGGGUAGUGGGUUCGAUCCCCGGGACCACCCAUGCGUAAAAAUGUAUGCACACAUGACUGUAAGUCGCUUUGGAUAAAAGCGUCUGCUAAAUGGCAUAUUAUUAUUAUUAUUAUUAUUAUUAUUUAUUUACAAGUCAUUUUGCAUGCAGAACAACCCCAGGCAAUAUCAGUAGCCAAGUCAAACUGCGCACUGUGUGCUGCUUUGUGCGCUGACAAACAAGAGGUAGACCUAUUGCUGAUUUGGCACAUCUGCGCAUCACCUUCAGUAUUCAAAUGUUUGUAAAAUGGCUUGCGCAAUAUUAGCCUUUAUUAGUUGAGUGACAACUAAUGUAAUUUGCUAGGUUAUUUUGAUAAAAUGUGCUGUUGAAAAUUGUGUUUAUAAAAUAAAAGUAGCCUAAGCUACCGCCAGAGACACAGCUCUCAUCUAGCUAUACAUGCUGAUCGGGGCUUACAUUAGAUGAAUUUAGAUUUUUCAGGUUCACCAUCAGUAAUAGGUUUGGUAGUUUAGCCUGAAACAAUUAGUAUAUAAGGUCGUUUUUAGAUAAACAGGGUAAAGUUGAUAAUUUCAUAACGAGGACAGCAAUCAAUUUUGCUACCCGCACUGCAUGGGCGAAGCAAGAGAAGCUCACCCUGAGUCUGUCAAAACUAAACGGUCUAAACCAUUCAAUUAUGAGGUGAAAUCCAAAGUUGUGCUAUAUAUUCAUUGGCUAUGUCAUAGCAAAUGUUUAUAGAUAAGUAUUGAUAGAUUACAACUCUAACACCUUUAAUUAGCAAAAAAUGACUAAUUAAUUAGUGAGUGAGUGGUGAUUUUAGAUCAAAAGUGUGUGUGUGUGUGUGUGUGGGGGGGGGGGGGGGUUGAUCCAGCUCAUGAGCUCCAUCAGCAGCAGAUUUGAAUUUAGAAUGGAAAAUGAAUGUGUUUAUGCAACAGUUGUUAGUGCAUCGAAUCUUAUCGCAUCGAACCUCUAAUCAAACCGAAUCACAUCAAAUCGUUUCAAAUUAAAACGUAUCAUUCCUGUAUCCGCGCCCAUGUACCUAGAUGCGUAUCAAAUCGUCUUGAAAGGGAUAGAUGCACAUCUAUAUAUAUAAGGUCGCUGGUUCUAAUCCCCGAGCCGACUAGGUGAAAAAUCUGUCGAUGUGCCAUUGAGCAAGGCACUUAACCCUAAUUGCUCCUGUAAGUCGCUCUGGAUAAGAGCGUCUGCUAAAUGACCAAUUUAUUUUAUUUUAUUUAUUUUAUAUAUAUAUAUUUUUUUUUUAUUUAAAAAAACGGAAAUAUCACAUUUACAUAAGUAUUCAAACCCUUAAAUUAGUACUUUGUUGAAGCACCUUUGGCAGCGAUUACAGCCUCAAGUCUUCUUGGGUAUGACGCUACAAGCUUGGCACACCUGUAUGUGGGGAGUUUCUCCCAUUCUUCUCUGCAGAUCCUCUCAAGCUCUGUCAGGUUGGAUGUGGAGCGUCGCUGCACAGCUAUUUUCAGGUCUCUCCAGAGAUGUUCGAUUGGGUACAAGUCCGGGCUCUGGCUGGGCCACUCAAGGACAUUCAGAGACUUGUCCCAAAGCCACUCCUGCGUUGUCUUGGCUGUGUGCUUAGGGUCGUUGUCCUGUUGGAAGGUGAACCUUCACCCCAGUCUGAGGUCCUGAGUGUUCUGGAGCAGGUUUUCAUCAAGGAUCUCUCUGUACUUUGCUCCGUUCAUCUUUCCCUCAAUCCUGACUAGUCUCCCAGUCCCUGCCGUUGAAAAACAUCCCCACAGCAUGAUGCUGCCACCACCAUGUUUCACCGUAGGGAUGGUGCACGGUUUCCUCCAGACAUGACGCUUGGCAUUCAGGCCAAAGAGUUCAAUCUUGGUUUCAUCAGACCAGAGAAUCUUGUUUCUCAUGGUCUGAGAGUCAUUUAGGUACCUUUUGGCAAACUCCAAGCGGGCUGUCAUGUGCCUUUUACUGAAGAGUGGCUUCCGUCUGGCCACUCUACCAUAAAGGCCUGAUUGGUGGAGUGCUACAGAGAUGGUUGUCCUUCUGGAAGUUUCUCCCAUCUCCACAGAGGAACUCUGGAGCUCUGUCAGAGUGACAAUCGGGUUCUUGGUCACCUUCCUGACAAAGCCAAUUCUCCACCGAUUGCUCAGUUUGGCCAGGCGGCCAGCUCUAGGAAGAGUCUUGGUGGUUCCAAACUUCUUCCAUUUAAGAAUGACGGGGGCCACUGUGUUCUUGGGGACUUUCAAUGCUGCAGACAUUUUUUGGUAACCUUCCCCAGAUCUGUGCCUCUACACAAUCCUGUCUUGGAGCUCUACAGACAAUUCCUUUGACCUCAUGGCUUGGUUUUUGCUCUGACAUGCACUGUCAACUGUGGGACCUUAUAUAGACAGGUGUGUGCCUUUCUAAAUCAUGUCCAAUCAACUGAAUUUACCACAGGUGGACUCCAAUCAAGUUGUAGAAACAUCUCAAGGAUGAUCAAUGGAAACAGGAUGCACCUGAGCUCAAUUUCGAGUCUCAUAGCAAAGGGUCUGAACACUUACGUAAAUAAAGUAUUUCAGUUUUUUAUUUUCAAUAAAUUUGCUAACAUUUCAAGAAACCUGUUUUCGCUUUGUCAUUAUGGGGUAUUGUGUGUAGAUUGAUGAGGAAAAACAUUUAUUUAAUCAAUUUUAGAAAAAGGCUGUAAUGUAACAAAAUGUGGAAAAAGUCAAGGGGUCUGAAUACUUUCCGAAUGCACUGUAUGUCAUGUUGUAUUGUGUGAUCUGUACAACAUGGCCUGUUGCUUGUGCUAUCAAAGUUUCUAUUGGUGUUGCUGAAUUUUCUAUAGCGGUAGUGUCACCGGUGUUAAAAAGGUUCAUCUGGAGCCCAUCACAGGAGGUGUAUAUGUCAAGUAACUUGUGUCUGGUCAUUGUAUGGUGAUUGGUGCCUGCUCUGGUUGAAGGACAGCAGGGUGAACAACGGGAUCCUAGUGGCGGCCGAAGAGGAGGUGGGGCUUUCCCAGCAUACCCUGGACCAGACCCAGACGCUGGUUCUCAUGGACCCAGAUGGACAGGGAGGCAACCUGAUCUACGAGGAGGCGGCCAGCAUUAUCUCUGAACAGGUAACAGCGUCUCUUUGAGUUAUCUUGCUAAUACUGUGCUUUAGUAAGUUCUCACAUUCAAUGUUUUUCUUACCAAUUUUAAUUACAUCUCUCAUCAAUCUACAUACUUUAGCUGUUAUGCAAGCAGCCUGCAUGUCCUAAUGCUAACCUCUGUUACCCCUCUACCCCCUUCAUGCCAUGAUACUAACAUUGGUGUACCUGUGGUUGUCCAUUGCAGGGCGGGGAGAGUCUGGAGCAGGCCCUACAUGUAGAGAAGCAUCUGCUGGAGCUCCACCAGCAGAACGUGACCCUGCGGCAGGAGAAGGACGCAAUGGAGAAGAGGCUAAGGGCAGAGAUCCACAGACUUAACGAACAGGUACACUAACAGCAGACUUGAGAGCUGAGAUGCAGACUCAAAGACCAAGUACACUGACCAUCACACAGUAUGGAACAGCUAAGAGAGAUGGUUAUCACAACAAGAUAGCUUUUUUUAUGUAGGAUAAGAUGAUUUGUAUGGUGAACUUUGUGUGAAGGAUAGAUAUUAGGUCAUUUUUAACAUGUUUAGUGGCAGCAGGAGAGGGGAGGCAUGGCGAGGAGACUGAGGGCAUCUCAAAGACCACCAGGUACAAAGAGAGAUGGGUAACUUGACAUGAUAGCUCUUUUUGUGGAGGAUAAACUGAUUUGUAUGAUGAACUUGUCAUAAUUUGUCUCUGUGUGAAGAAUAGAUAUGUAUUCAUUUUUAACAUGUUUAGUGGCAGGAGAGGCCGAUUGGAGAGGUGGGUGGAGGCAGAGAUGCCGAGACUCUAUGACCUGGUUCAGGAACUGGUAUUCUUGGCACCCAGAAGCAAACCCUGCGUGUGCACUGGCUGGCCAGAGACUUGAGGGCAGACACACUGACAGAAGGCUGAAGGCAGAGAUACUUACAUUUAUAGACCCCAGGCACGCAAUGUUAGUAAAUGGCAAAACACCCAUGGUUUUCAACACUCCGACUUUCCUGGCUUUGCACUGAUGUUUACGAGUGUUUAACUGGGAAAGAAAGUGUGGAAAUUAAGAGUUGUUUGAGUGGGGAGUCACUCAAUAAAUGUAGCAAAACACUCUUAGGUAUUUCAAAAACGUAUAGGCCAGAAUUAUUCAGCAAUUGUCCGGGGAAAGGAUACACAAUCUCGAUCAGCAAGUACACUGACCACAGUAUGGAGCAGCAAAGACAUGGUUAACUUAUCAGGAUAGCUCUUUUUUGUGGAGGAAACUGAUUUGUAUGUGGAUCUUCUCAAAAUGUGUAUUUGUGUGAAUGAUAGAUAGGAGUUAAAAGCGCUUACCUUAUGUCUCUUCUAGUAAAUGCACCGCCCUCCGCCCUUCCUGUAUUUUACAUUCUUGGUGGAAUGGAAAACAGACCAUUCUGAUGUGGCCGUGUUGUUGUCUCCCCUGUGCUGAGGUGCCCCCAGGUGGCCAGUGUGGUGCAGACCAACAUCAAGAUGUUUGAGGAGCUGAAGCUGUACCGCUCUGCAGAGAACAGCCAACAGAGAAUCGAUCAGCUGGUGAGUGGAUGCUUUUAACUGCUACUGUAGUGAUGAUCCUAAGUGAUUGUUGAACAGAAAUGUUUUCCCAAUCGUUUCGUUCUGAACAGAACCACUAUUUUUUUCGUUCCAUUCCACUGUCUGACCAGCAAAAUAAAGUUCUGAACUGGUUCGAAACAAAAAAAGUACCGGUUUAUAUUGUUCCUUUCUGUUCCUUUUUCAACCUGUGAAAUCAACAGUUUUUUACAUUUAGCUCAUUAAAUUACUUCACCAAUCAGUGAAGAGCAGGCAAGCUAGUUGUUUACAUGCGUGAUGGACAGACCAGUGUAAACUAUAGCACAAGAUGCAACUGAAAGUUUGCGGGUGGUGAGAGAUCGAGAGAGGGUUGAGGAGGCGGCUUGAAGUGCUGGGCAUCUUGUUAUGACAUGCAUUAUUUCAAUUAGGUCCACAGAAUUAUACCUAGAAGGAGCGGCUUUUAUGGAGGAACUUUGAAUGUCCUUUGAGCUAGCUAGCUAGCUAGCAAGCUAACAAGCUUGUGUGUGCAGAGCGGCACCAGAAUAAAAAAUACGUCUUACCUUUUUGAAGUUAAUAAAUACAAUGUGAAACGUGAUAACUAGGCCUAUGUUAUCCUUAACUAGCAUUGAACAAGUUAAUCCAUUCUUCUCUAGCUAAUUAAAAAUCUCUGCCUAUCUUCUGAAUCACGAUAGUAACGUCAGUACAGUAGCCUAUGCGUCGGAAGGGGGUGGGGCAGGUAGACAAAACACAGACACACUGGCAAAGAUUUCCAUCUUGCAGGCAGACACUGGAAUAAGUUUCUGAGUGACAGAGUGAGGGUUUGCAUAGGCGCUUUGUUGCGUUUUUUGGUGGGCCAAAACAAAAUGCCUGGAACGUAAAAUAAAGUUAUUAACCGGUUCCCAUGCUUUUAAAAUAUCGGUUCUGUUCCUGAACAGUAUGGAUCACUUUCAUUCCUGGUUCAGUUUCUGUUCCUUGAAAAUGUUCAUUAUUUUCCUGUUUUCGGUUCUGUUUCCUGUAGGGCUGACCCCAUUUAAGUCGACUGGUCGAUUGUUUGGUCGAUAGGCAGUUGGUCGACCGAGAUUUCUUUAGUCGAGCAGUAGCAAAAAAUAAUAUAUAUACAGUGCAUUUGGAAAGUAUUCAGACCGCUUGACUUUUUCCACAUUUUGUUACGUUACAACCUUAUUCUAACAUUGAUUAAAUAAAACAUUUUCCUCAUCAAUCUACACACAAUACCCCAUAAUGACAAAUGUAUUACAAAUAAAAAACAGAAAUACCUUAUUUACAUAAGUAUUCAGACCCUUUGCUAUGAGACUCGAAAUUGAGCUCAGGCGCAUCCUGUUUCCAUUGAUCAUCCUUGAGAUGUUUCUACAACUUGAUUGGAGUCCACCUGUGGUAAAUUCAAAUGAUUGGACAUGAUUUGGAAAGGCACACACCUGUCUAUUUAAGGUCCCACAGUGCAUGUCAGAGCAAAAACCAAGCCAUGAGGUCGAAGGAAUUGUCUGUAGAGCUCCGAGGGUGGAUUGUGUCGAGGCACAGAUCUGGGGAAGGGUACUAAAACAUUUCUGCAGCAUUGAAGGUCCCCAAGAACACAGUGGCCUCCGUCAUUCUUAAAUGGAAGAAGUUUGGAACCACCAAGACUCUUCCUAGAGCUGGCCGCCUGGCCAAACUGAGCAAUUGGGGGAGAAGGGCCUUGGUCAGGGAGGUGACCAAGAACCCGAUGGUCACUGACAGAGCUCCAGAGUUCCGCUGUGGAGAUGGGAGAACCUUCCAGAAGCCAACCAUCUCUGCAGCACUCCACCAAUCAGGCCUUUAUGGUAGAGUGGCCAGACGGAAGCCACUCCUCAGUAAAAGGCACAUGACAGCCCGCUUGGAGUUUGCCAAAAGGCACCUAAAGGACUCUCAGACCAUGAGAUACAAGAUCAUCUGGUCUGAUGAAAUAAUAAUAAUUACAUAACCAACAUUCUCUAGUAAUACUAAUAAGAAUAAUCUACAGUUUUUUGGCAAACUCCUAAGUCCUCUGAUAAUAUUAGUCCUGUGCGAAUCGAUUUCCCUGUGUUUUGAGAAAAAUGUCUGAGUUUGACAGGUGUUGCUCGCGGUUUGAGCAAGUAAACAAUAACUGAUUCGAUAAAUUGAACGAAGUGCUGCGCAUAGCCUAUAUAUGAAGGGCCUACAUGUAUCAACUUUAACAGUGAAUGCUUUUGUUAAUACGUUUUGUGCGAAUGAAUUGAACAUCGUCAAAUGCAUUAUUAAUAAUAUUGCGGCUAUUUAAUGCAACCCUUGCUGUUAAUAGAUCGCAAAGCAGCAUAAAACUGAGCUUAACGUUUGGAAAUGACACGUUUACGUUCUCAUUCAUAGCCUAACAACUCAUCAAGUGCAAGUGCGCUGUUUAGCUCUUCUACUGCGGAUCGCUAAAAUAUCCUAAUGAUUAUGAUCACAGUUCCUCAAUUCAAAUAUUAUGGCGACACUAUACCAAAAAUGGUUGGCAUGGUUUAGAAACGUGGGAACCAAGCUUGAGUUAUCAGUGUAGCCCUGUUAUUGCCUGGACUUGUUGAAAUAUCUUCAUGCCUAGAAAAAAAACUGUCAAUUUAUUGAGAGAAAAAAAAUUACAGGGGGCACUUUGGAAAAAACGAAUCCCCUCUGAAUCCUCCUCUGGAAUAAUGGACAUUCUGGGGUAAUAAUUACAUAAUAAACGUUCUCUAGUAAUAGUAGUCGUUUCUGUUUGGCAGGUUAAGAGUCUGGAGGUGCAACACCGCACUCUCAUCCACACCCAGCUAGCCUCUCUGAGGACAGAACUUCUGCGCCAGGCUGAGAGAACAGCGCCUGUCAACGGCCACACAGAGCUCACAGUCAGCCUGGUUGGUGAGAGAGCCACUCACCCCGGGGAGAUGGCCCUCUUUGAGGAGGAACAGACUGAAACAAGGGUAGAGAGGGAGGAAGAAGCAUUGACCAUGGUGGUGGUUCAGAUGGGCCCUGACCCAGGGGACUUGGUACCAAUAUCAGGUGAUGUAUGUUUGGUGGCUGGGAAGGAUGAGGAAUCAUCGGUCCCUGAGCUGGACAGUGUUGACUCUGGGGCAGAGGCCUUCAAGAAUGCUACAGAACCCCUUGAAUACAAAGAGGGGGAGGAGCAAUCGUCGUCAAGGAAGCGCAGCCCCAAAGAGGAACCCGGGGGGGAGAGUGAAGCCAAACAGCAACGCAUCUGU